AUGCCUAAGCCUGGAACCCAGCGGCGAGAAAAGCACCUGUUCAAUCCCUACGACCCUAACAAAACAAAACGUGAUUUGGUAAAUUUUAUAAAGCUCAGGGCGGACCCAGGCGAAUUGAAGGGAACAAUUGAUGCGAAUACCCCGUUAGACGUGCUCCAAACGAUUGCAGCAAAAUUGGCCAUUCCUGAGCGGCAAUCAGCUACUCAUAAUGAUCAGGCUUCUCCAGCCGCAGGCGACGAGGCUGAUUUCUCAGCGAAUCCCCCGAGUAGUGAUCUCUUGUCUCUCGAAGAUGGUGCGGGUCUCGCGGUACUUAAGCAUGUUAAAUCCAAAAAAACAAGAAAACCUCGGGAAUCUCAGGCAGCGGACCAAGUCGGGCUAGAGAAGGGUGCCAAGCCGUCCGGCGUCACAAGGGAGAAGAACGUGAGAAAUGCGGCUGGGCCGGAGAAAACUCGAGCAUCCACAGGUACCAAUGCAUCCCUAGUGGAUAAUGAGGGGGAUCCGGAAAAAACUCGAGCGUCCGCGGGUGCCAAUGCGUCCCCAGUGGAUAAUGAGGGGAAUCCAACUGGGUCUGGAGAAGAACCGGAGAAGGGGAUCGCUUUGCAAGGGUCUCGGUUAAAGAGGUCGGCGGCGCGGCAAACUAGGGCGGAUAAAGCUGCUAAGACCCGACGGGUAGAAAGUGCUAAAAGUCGACCAGCUGGACCGGUGGCCACGAAUGAACAGUCAAGCUCAAAUCCAGCUGGUACGACUCAGCCACCGAUUUUUAAUCUCCCAGACCCGGAAGUGCAACCUCUGACUGCAUCGCAAGCAGACCGUGAGCUUGUCGGUCGCGGCGGCUGCCGUCGAAAGGCAUCCUCUAGUCGUCCAGUUGUCCAGCCCAAGGCCAACGUCAAGACGCCCUGUAGUCGGCCUGUUCCUCGGACGAACGUGAAGGAAGAUCGAUAUUUAAUCUCGCCGACCGAUCUUGGCCUUGGGGGGUCACCUUCAAGAGCUACGGAACCGGAACCGUUCAUUGUGUUCGAGCCAGAUAACAUCCUGGAACAGUCAUCACCAGAAGAUACGGCUCGGUUGGCCAAAUGGCCCCCCUUACUGAAGCAUGUACCCAAAGGGGCUUUCGUGUACCGUAAAAGUCUUCGACAAGAGGAUAGUUGCGCGAACUAUCCAUUCCGCGAGGUCGUCGAGGAUGAGUUGAAGCAGCUGUACAGCCGAAUGAAGAACAAUGGCCCGUCGGAAGAGACCCUAGGGAUGUCAGUGGUGCAGCCGGUGGUCGAUACACCCCGGAGGAAUGCUUUCUUGAGACCCAAGUCAACACCAAGGACGUUCCUCGAGAGCCUAGUCAUCAGGGGUCUCAUCCCUACUGUACCUUCCCCUUCAACUCCACAGUCUUGUUUACAACCGCCGCUCUCACCUUUGGUGGUCCUGGAUUCGCCGGAGGGGCAAAAUCUCAUCAGACGCUCUUGGGGCCAGGGCCAACAGUCGGGCACCACAGUGGACGUUGGUGGAUCCAUCGGACCGGCCGGAAUCGACACGGGGGAGAACCAGUCAUCCAGUGAGCCAAGUGAACCCGGUCGAGCAAGUGUGCGCGGUAGAACUCGUGAAUUACGUGUAGUCACCGGCGAGUGGGAAGAGAUCACCGGUCCCCGUGGGCUCGGCCUCGCCUCGACGACACCUGACCGGCCGAAACCCCGCGCGGACGAGAGUGAGUAUCAAUGCGACUGA